AUGGAUCAGAAGGGCAAUAUUGUAGAUGUAAGUGAUAUCAUGGAUCAGAAGGGCAAUAUUGUAGAUUUAAGUGGUGAUAUCAUGGAUCAGAAGGGCAAUAUCGUAGAUUUAAGUGGUGAUAUCAUGGAUCAGAAGGGCAAUAUUGUAGAUUUAAGUGGUGAUAUCAUGGAUCAGAAGGGCAAUAUUGUAGAUUUAAAUGGUGAUAUCAUGGAUCAGAAGGGCAAUAUUGUAGAUUUAAGUGGUGAUAUCAUGGAUCAGAAGGGCAAUAUUGUAGAUUUAAGUGGUGAUAUCAUGGAUCAGAAGGGCAAUAUUGUAGAUUUAAGUGGUGAUAUCAUGGAUCAGAAGGGCAAUAUUGUAGGUGAUAUCAUGGAUCAGAAGGGCAAUAUUGUAGAUUUAAGUGGUGAUAUCAUGGAUCAGAAGGGCAAUAUUGUAGAUGAGUGGUGA